UACACCGUGGUCGUGCUACCUAUAUAAUAAAUGAAAACGAUGCAACCAUGUCGUGGUCGUUUUUUCAAACACGAUUUUCGCCGUCGGUCGCGCCGCAGUUACUCCAAUAGUAGCAGUGACUACCCUCAGAUGCGUGUUUCGCGUAUGAGCCAUAUAAAUAUAUUAUCAUUGAUAUUGUAAUAUUUUCCGAUUUCUACGACGACUGAAAAAUGCCACCGGAUGACGAUGACAGCAGCUCUCGGACCGUACAGAGUCAUCUACACCGGUCGCCGCCAUCUCCUCCGUCCCAGACGACUCGGGAGGCGGCUGCUGUGUCAUUCGAGCUACAGUUGAGACGCGCGGCGUUAAGACUCGGCGCACGUGUCAUCGGACGACUGCGAACGAACAACAGGGAAAGCGAUCCAUCUCCGACAACAGCCGAAAUCGGCACAGCAACCGUAAACGAAAACCACACCACUGCUGUAGAUGAUUUGCCAAUAUCGCCAUCGUCACCACCACCCCCAUCACCGCCAUCACCACCAUCAUCACCACCACUACCGCCGUCACCAUUUCUUUCUAAACGAAUCGAGCAUCGGGAUUCAUCAACCAAAAUGCACGUCGAACAUAGGAAACUUAACACUGUUGAUUUUGUGUUAGCCUAUAAAAGGCAACGAAUAGUUACGGAGGACGACAGUAAACUGGACGACGAAACUGAAAGACAAAAGUUUUAUCAAGAAUUACGAGCUCAUGGGAUUUUGGUAAACAUCGACGACGAUCCAACGUGUUCACUAGAUGCAGGCCGGACAUGCUUUGCUUUGCUGCAGCUAUCGCAGCGACUCUUAAGAUGUAGUUGCCGGUGUCAUGCAACCAGUAGUGACAGUAACAGUGAAGAUCAACUAACAGUUUACAAUUCGAAAGAUGUUAAUUAUCAACAGUAUCCAAAUGGAAAUAAUGGUAAUCAUGAAAAACACAAUAACGAAUUAACAUCUGCGCAACGGGCUCAGAUCGUGUGGUGCAUCUUACUCCGAAUCGGUUCUGGUAAUAAGCAGGACGCAAAUGCUAUGAGUCUUGAACAAUUGCUCGAGACUGAUAUAAUUUCUGCCGCCUACCCAAUACACGACGGUAGUAUUAAACUUGAAGAAAGAGACGACGUGAACAACAUCAAUGAUAGACGGGUUCUCUACGAAAAAUGGGCUAGGCCAGGUCUAAUCAUACCCCGAAAAUGGAAAACCGAUGAAAACAUUACUUUUUUGAUCCGAAAGUAUUACGGCAUUCCGGUAGCUGUUUAUUUCUGCUGGCUUCGGUACUAUACCGUAUGGUUAGUUGGUCCUGCCAUAGCUGGACUAGUGUGGUUCCUGUACGGAUUGAUAACCACUCGUAGCGAUGUGCCAACCCACGACAUUUGUGAUCCAAAAUCACAAGUAGCUAAUUGGAUCUUGUGCCCAACUAGAAGGUGCAAUGCGAGUUUUUGUGGCUUCACGCGGGUAUUGGACACUUGUGGGCUAUACAGAUGGACGUCAGCUGCGACUUUCGAUAGACCGGGUGCGAUCGUGUUUGCGGUUUUCAUGUCAUUUUGGGCCACGGCGUUUCAACAACUGUGGACCACGUACUCUUGGCAGAUGAACGAACGAUAUGGAGGCCAAUCACCACAAACGGCGUUCGAAUGUUGUGCCGACUGUUGCAGAUCGGACGUCAAAAAAGUACCACUACAGCGGCCCACUUGGCCGCCUACUCCAGGACCACAUCAUCGUCGCCGCGCGCCACCGUCCGUCGCCGUUCACGGGUCCGCCGUCCACCCGACGACGGUGUCGCCGCCAAACGCCAACCGUCGGUCACCGGCGAUUUCGGUGGACGCGGUCCGCCGGUGGUGGAUGUCCAAACUGUCAGACGCGUUACGGGCGAUAGCGUUUUUCGCGACACUGGCCACCGUGGCCUCGGUGCCCAUACUGAUCGUGGUCUACCGGGGCCGGGCCAUUGGGUGGCUCAUGUCGGCUGUGUUCCACCAGGACGGUGACGGACGGUCACCACCGACGGUGACGGUGGCCAGCCACGACGGCGGCGGCGUUACCGCUGACCACCACAGGCAGCACAACUUCUUCCUGUUGAACUACACCAACAGCGGCGAGCUGAGCAGUUGGAAGGCGAUCGUGGCCGCCGCGUGCGCCACGUUUGUCCAGCUCUCGGCCAUCGUCGCCGUCCAUCGCGGCUACAGUAGUGUGGCCGAAUGGCUCACCAAGUACUCGUAUCGCUCGACGUACAACCCGCAGUAUCAGAGUCGUUACACAGUCUACAUGUCUUGCUUCGACUCCGCCAAUUAUUAUUCCAGCUUGGUUUACAUCGCUUUUUUCAAGGGUCGCUUCGUGACUGGACACGGACAACACGCUGAUAGUUCGUCAAAAUUCACACAUUUUUGGCCCAUUUCUAUGAUUCGAAGUGUAAUGCAUCAUAUUAGAGAAGACGUUUGCGAUCCCGCGGCUGCUGGAACAGGAUGCGUGCCAGAGCUGUGUACCCAAUUGGCCAUUAUAAUGGUGGGCAAACAACUGAUAGACAACGUGAUUGAGUUGACGACGCCGCUGGCAUUGAAUGUAUGGCGCCGAUGGCGAGCCAAAGAGAGCCGCCGUCGAAAUAAAUUACAUGGAAAACUGCCGGACACUACUGUCGAAACACUCAGACACCCGAAACAAUGGCAGCUCGACUAUCAGCUGGAAGAUACUGGAUCGUUGGGCCUUUACCAGGAAUAUUCGGAGAUGGUCAUUCAGUACGGAUUUGUGGUUAUGUUCACAACGGCAUUUCCACUGGCUCCGUUGUGUGCUCUGUUAAAUAAUGUAUUAGAGCAACGUUUAGACGCGUUCAAAAUGGUAGCAGCUCAGCGACGUCCAGUUCCUUCCUACUACUGCACUAAUACAGAAUAUAUUAAUAACGUCACUCGAGGACACGUAACAUGUUGCGAUAACUGUAACAAGUUGUGCACGUGGAUACGUGUGUUGAAGAUUAUGUCAUUAAUCUCAGUAUUGUAUAACGCAUUUAUGAUUGCAUUCACCAGUGACCUGUUACCCCGAUAUGUGUAUUCUCAAAUCUCGACAGGAACGUCGUCUUCAUUGGACGGCUACGUCGCUUGGUCUUUAUCCUCGAAGAGAAAUGUGACAGAAUACUACUACGGAAAAUUAGAAAACAUAGAUGGACCUGAAACAUGUCGGUACAGGGGAUACGGCGCUGAUGCUGAUUCGGAACACAAUGACUACAGGAAAUGGCAAGUGUUGGCUGCUCGAUUAGCAUUUGUCGUGAUAUUUGAGCAUUGCGUAAUAGCAUCCAUCGCGGCCUUGGUGUGUUUCAUUCGGAAAAGGUUCCCCAAGUACAAAACCCACGCGGAUCCAAACGCCGACAAACCGUCCGGUGACAGAUCUGUUACAGGUACGAGGGUCGUCACUGGCUCCGGUGGCUCCUCGGCCGUAAUCUAUGCAGCAGAUGGCUUUUUGGCCAAUGCACACGACAAGAAGAAGGAGAAAAAACGGUCUCGUGCGUUCAACGUAAAUCCAGUGGAUGUGCCGUCAACUUUGGUAGUAGUCGACAUGGAAAACGACUGUCAAGAAAAAUGGGCGAACCGCGAAUACUCGCAACCAAGUCAGGAUUCACUACGUUUUGCAGCGACUUGACACGCGUACUUGCUAUGAUAUAUUAUUAUAUAUAAAAAUUGUUCUGUAAAUUAAACUGUGAAGACUAAAAUUGUUUACGACUAAUCCUUAAUACUAUAUCAAGUAAGCACAAAGAAAAAAGUUUUUGAUCCGAUUUACAUCACAUACCUGCAUGUGCGUGGAGAUUAUUGAUCCUCACGGUCCACCAGCUAUCUACUGCGAGCUUUUAAAUAAAUUCGAUUCACAUUUGUUUGUGGCUAUGACAUUAUGUACUAUAAUUUAUAAUUUAUAAUACAAUUUAUAUUUCA